CGACGCAGAGUGAAGACAGCGGCCAAAAAGCCAUCCAAAGCCAAGAGCUUCUCUCUCCUUAAAGGGUCCUCCUAUUGUUCUCCUCUGUCUGUUCGCGUCUUCGUUAUCGUGCGCUUCUCGGACAAUCUCAACCUCACAGAUUCAUUACCUGCGUGUUGUCGAUCUCUCAACUAUAACCAUGAGUGACGGAGGAGAAAAAACUUGCCCACUCUGUGCGGAAGAGAUGGAUCCAACUGAUCAGCAAUUGAAGCCAUGCAAAUGCGGAUAUGAGAUUUGUGUUUGGUGCUGGCAUCAUAUUAUGGACAUGGCUGAGAAGGAUGACACCGAGGGUCGAUGUCCUGCAUGUCGUGCUGUGUACGAUAAGGAAAAAAUUGUAGGCAUGGCAUCAAGCUGUGAAAGAUUGGUUGCUGAAGUAAGUGUGGAAAAAAAGGUUAAGUCACAAAAAGCAAAAGCCAAAUCAUCUGAAGGACGAAAGCAGCUUAGCAGUGUACGCGUGAUUCAAAGGAAUCUAGUAUAUAUUGUUGGGCUGCCUCUUAAUCUGGCAGAUGAAGAUCUUCUUCAGCGGAGAGAAUACUUUGGUCAGUAUGGGAAAGUUCUAAAAGUGUCUAUGUCCCGUACAACAACUGGAGUCAUUCAACAAUUUACUAAUAGUACCUGUAGUGUAUAUAUUACAUUCUCAAAAGAGGAGGAAGCUGUUCGAUGUAUCCAAAAUGUACAUCAGUUUGUCUUGGAGGGCAAGCCUUUAAGGGCAUGCUUUGGAACGACAAAAUAUUGUCAUGCUUGGUUGAGGAGUGUGCCUUGCACCAACCCUGAUUGCUUGUAUUUACACGAGGUUGGUUCUCAAGAAGAUAGUUUCACUAAAGAUGAAAUCAUUUCAGCAUACACAAGGAGUAGAGUGCAACAAAUUACUGGUGCCUCAAACAAUACGCAUCGGCGUUCAGGGAGUGUGUUACCACCACCAAUGGAUGAUUACUGCAAUAACAAUUCUUCAAAUGGGAAACCCAUUGUUAAGAACCCUUCAAGUAAUACUGUUAGCAUCAUUAGAGGUUCUCCUCCAAAUGGAAGCUCAGAUAAGUCAAUUGCUCUCCCUGCAGCUGCCUCAUGGGGAACCCGAGGCUCAAAUUUUCAAGUGCCAGUAUCAAGUUUACCAAGUACAAAUGGGCCUCCAAAAAAGUCCGAUGCUACUAAUAGCAUAUUAUCACUUCCCCCUGCAGAUGCAAGCAUUUCUUCGGCUUCUAUAGUACAUAGUGAAGCAGGAAAGAGACCUGCAUUUAAUGAGAGUCACACUUCUAAUAAUGCCAAAAUUCAUCAAGAAUCCUUAAAAUCUUUGAAACAUCCUGUUAGCACGGAUUAUCAAUCUUUGUCGACAGACAGACAUGAUUCACCCGAGGAGAUGCCUACUUUUGUAUCUUUGAGUUGUUCAGUGGCUGGGGUUCCAGCCACAAAGGACAGUCAGAAAACAAUGGCUAUGGCACCGAGCAUUUCUACUCCUAAUCUCCAUAUUGAGGAUUCUAGCAGUUGUCCUGAAGUAGGAACUACUUCUUCUGAUGGCCUAAUACAAAAUCUGAGCGCUGAUAUAUCAACAGUUAGCAUUGAUAGAGAUGAUAUAGAUGAACAAUCUGGUCUAAGACCAAAUACUAUAGUCUCUGAUCAUGAUUUGAUUAAAGCUUCCGGGGAUCACCAUAGCUUACAAGAGCAGUCUAGAGUGGCACCUUUAGAUUCGACAGAUGCUUGGAAAGGCGAUGAUGUGGUUAGUUGCAUGUCUUUUUCAAGAGAAGAACGUGAUUGGAGAUCGAACUUACAGAGAGAGGUUGUUAAUGCAAGUGAGUUGGAAGAGGAUGUGAUAUCUUUUAAUAGUCAGAGGCUCAAGGAUCCAGAGAUUUUGAGCCCUUCAACUCGGUUGCCUGGCUGGGCAUCUACAUUUCAUGCCCUGAAUGGCUCUACCUCUUAUCCAUUGUGGCCGGAUGCUGUCAAUGGGGCAGCAACCAGUCUAGCUACUGAUUUGUCAUUUGAUAAGCCAUUCAAUGAUAUUUCAUCUCUAAGCUCAUCUAGCAUCCCGCCUGUGUUUAGCAGUCAGCUUGCGAAUGGAGUCAAUACUUCUGGGCAGACAUUGCAUACUUUAAGACAUAUAGCGGCCAAUGAUCCUGCUAAUUUAAAUGCAGAUUCACUUUUUGUUGAUAAACAAUUCAAUGAUAAUUCACAUUUCCGUGCAUCUAACAUAUCAACUGCUAUCAAUGGCAACGUGGAGAAUGGGAUCAGCUCUUCUGCUGCUACCGAUAUGCCCCAUGGAAAUUCAUUUUUACUUCACAACGAAGGAAGAGGAAGGCAUGUGGGCAGGUUGUCUGGUGACAUGCUGAAUGCCAAUGGCAGUGGUUUUGUAGAUAAUGGUGAAAACAGCAUAAUCUCAAAUAUAUUGUCAAUGGACUUCAACAUGUGGGAUAACACAUUAACGUCCCAGAAUUUGGCCAAGCUUUUGGGUGAAAGUGAUAAACAAUCUCCAAGUUCCAGGAAGGUGCAAAGCAAUAAUCAGUCCAGAUUCUCUUUUGCAAGGCAGGAAGAUUCUAAAGGACAAGAUUUUAGGAUACAACCUUCUCUUGAUAUGAUUGAACAAAUACAGAGAAAUCAUUCGUUCGGGCAUGAAUUCUUUAAAAAUGAUAAUGUGCAUUCAGACAAGUUUCAUAGUAGUGGUGGCUUCUAUUCUAACAAUUAUGAUGGAUCAGUAAAUCAUUCAAGCAAUCACUCCCUUAAUUCCUCAAAUAAGCUCUCAGCAGUUACGAGAGCUCAAAUCUCAGCUCCGCCUGGCUUCUCUGUUCCAAGCCGGGUGCCACCACCUGGUUUCUCUUCUCAUGACAGAGUAGAUCAAGUUUCUGACUCCCUCUCUGGAAACCGUCUGCUAGAUUCUUCUUCUUUGUUGAGAAAUACAUAUCAAGCUAAUCAAACUGGAAGUAAUAUUAGCACGGGCGAUAUUGAAUUUAUGGAUCCUGCUAUUUUGGCAGUUGGUAAAGGCAGACGUCAGAUAGGUCUUAACAAUACUGGUCUAGACGCUAGGACACCAUUUUCUCCUUCAUUAGGUACCUUUGAUAAUGAAGCAAGUCUUCAGUUACUGAUGCAAAGAUCUCUGAACCCCCAGCAGCAGAGAUACUCUGAUGUUGGAGAUGGUUUCUCUCAUCUCGGGGAUUCAUAUGGCAUUUCUUCAAGGCUUGUGGACCAAUCACAGGUUAACAAUCUCUCUAAUUUUGGGCAGCUAUCUCUCCAACAUUCUAGAAAUAGGCUUAUGUCGCAUGGCCACUGGGACGGUUGGAAUGAGGCUCAAGGUGGAACCAAUAUUGGUGUGGCAGAUAUAUUGAGAAAUGAUAGGCUUGGAUACAACAAAUAUUAUGCUGGUUAUGAAGACUCGAAAUUCCGCAUGCCCAGCUCAAGCGAUCUAUAUAACAGAACCUUUGGGAUGUGACUUUUGGUGAAUGAAAUGAUGUGAGUGCCUAGAUUUGCGGCAGCGUUUGAGCAAAGGACUAGGAUUUGCCUUGUGAGGUCUGUGGACGUGUAGCCAUGAUGUCUUGAGAGAUUCAUAAUCUGGCCUUGAUGGUGCGGAAGAUUUGUGCCCUGAUGGUAUCGGAUUAUGUUACCACAAGGUGUGAUGUAAGCUCACGUGAUUGUAUCGCGGCAAGUUGAAUAUUGGCAGCGAUUAUUUGACAGGAAGUUGUAAAAUGUCUGUCAAUCUCUGGUAGGGCGACCCGUCCCUCCAGCUGUCGAUUAUUUUGUUCCUUGCCAACAGCGAAGAGUAAAAGAUUCUACUUUUUUGGCUCUCAAGACCUUAAAGUUGAGAUUGGGAGUUCCUGACUUCACAAGGUUAUAUGCGAAAUCCAUUUGAAUGUACUUUGAUUCUUUUGUUUUUUACAAGUGUUUUACUUAGUUACUUAGAUUAUAGAUAGUUCAAAGAUGGGGAGUUUCCUGCCUUUUGAGAUAGAUUGAUGGAGUUCCUGUCACGAGGUGAUAAUCAUAUUCUUCCUUCCUUCGGGUUAUUACUAUUACAAAUUCAAGGUCGAGAUUUGGUUCAUCAGGGUUAAGUAAUUCUUGACACGUCAUGACGUAGCUUAAGCUUCAUGGUGACUUCACUGAGAAAGCACAUAUCAAUUCUUGCCUCUUUUAAGAGUUGCCCAUAAGUAACUAGAGCACUCAGAAGCAUCAGAAUUGCCAGUACAGUUUAACGAAAGCGGGAUCUCGAGUGAAUUUACUGGUUUCGCAGUAUGCCAGGCUAUACUAAUGAAUUUGUAUUGUCAUAGGUUCUUUCUUUCUUUCUGGGAGAAACUGAACAAUUUUGAUUCGGAGGGAGCUUAGAUUUUAGUUCAUUUGAUCAAAUGAAGAUUGGGGCCUUUUCGUGUCUGUUGGAAGAAGUGUUCUUUUGAUCCAUAGUGGAUUUGAAUAAGAUUGGUGGAUUAGGCCUCAAAUUGAACGUUGAAAUGUAAUCGAUAGGAACCAACCACGGCUUGUCUUUUUAAGACAACAGAGAUUAACAAAUUUUAUCAUUAAUUUUUUUAAAA